AUGUCUGGUAUUGGAUGGGAUCAAUCGUUUGUUUAUUCAACUAGUGUUCUCCCUGGAGAAGUACAAACAGAUGCACCUAAAGAACUUGAGAAACAGUUUAAAGAUUUUAUUCAAGAAUUCAUACUUGAUAAUUCUUAUAUUUAUAGAGAUCAAUUACGAGAAAAUAUUUUAGUAAAACAAAAUUAUUUAAACGUAAAUAUUUCACAUCUUAUAAGCUUUAAUGAAGAAUUGGCACAUAAACUAACAAAUGAACCUGCAGAUAUGCUUCCUCUUUUUGAAUUAGCGAUUAAAGACUGUGCAAGACAACUUGUUUAUCCAGGAUCAGAUUCUAAGAAAGAAUUUCCAGAUUGCCAAAUAACACUAGAGUAUGAUGCAAAUUAUACAUUGAUUCGGGAUCUUAAUGCAAAUUAUAUAUCAAAAUUAGUUCGAAUUCCAGGAAUUGUUAUUGGUGCAUCAACUUUAUCAUCAAAAGCCACAAAACUUCAUAUUAUGUGUCGGAAUUGUCGUAAUAUAAAAAUUAUUAGUGUAGGCGGAGGAUUUACUAAUAUUCAAUUACCAAGAACUUGUGAUAGUCCAACAACUCCAGGUGAAAAAAAAGAAUGUUCUUUAGAUCCUUAUAUUAUUAUUCAUGAAAAAUGCUCAUUUAUUGAUCAACAAGUUCUUAAAUUUCAAGAAGCUCCAAAUAUGGUACCAGUUGGUGAACUUCCACGCCAUAUACUGUUAAAUGUUGAUCGGUACCUUACAAAUAAAGUAACCCCUGGAAGCAGAUGUACUGUUAUUGGGAUAUAUUCAAUUUACCAAAAUAAGUCAUUUAAGACUAGUGGAGCAGUUGCUAUUCGUAAUCCAUAUGUCAGAGUAGUCGGGUUACAAGUAGAAAUGCCUGGAAAUUCCGAAAAAACGGUUAUAUUUACAGAAAAAGAAGAAGAUGAAUUUCUUAAACUCUCUCGGAAUCCAAAUCUAUAUGAGAUAUUUGCAAGUAGUAUUGGGUCAUCAAUUUAUGGAAACACAGAUAUAAAAAAAGCUAUAUGUUGUCUUUUAUUUGGAGGUUCUAAAAAAAUACUUCCUGAUGGAAUGAGGCUAAGAGGAGAUAUUAAUAUUUUACUACUAGGAGAUCCAGGAACAGCUAAAUCACAGUUACUUAAAUUUGUAGAAAAGGUAUCACCAAUUGCUGUUUAUACAUCAGGAAAAGGAUCUAGCGCAGCAGGUCUUACUGCAUCUAUUCAACGUGAUACUACAUCGCGAGAAUUUUACCUUGAAGGUGGCGCAAUGGUAUUAGCUGAUGGAGGGGUUGUUUGUAUUGAUGAAUUUGAUAAAAUGAGAGACGAAGAUCGUGUUGCAAUUCAUGAAGCUAUGGAACAACAAACUAUAUCUAUUGCGAAAGCAGGAAUUACAACUAUUCUUAAUUCAAGAACUAGUGUUUUGGCCGCCGCAAAUCCUGUAUUUGGGAGAUAUGAUGAUAUAAAAAGUCCUGGUGAUAAUAUUGAUUUUCAAACAACAAUUUUAUCACGAUUUGAUAUGAUAUUUAUUGUAAAAGAUGAACAUAAUGAAGUUAAAGAUAAGACAAUUGCAGCACAUGUAAUGAAUAUUCAUAUGAAUAAAACAUUAAAAGAUACUUCAUCAAUAAAAGAAAUAAGCAUAGAAAAAAUGAAAAAAUAUAUUAGUUAUUGUAGAAAUAAAUGUGCUCCAAGAUUAACUCCUGAAGCAGCAGAGAAACUUUCUAGUCAUUUUGUAGCUAUUAGAAAACAAGUUCAUCAAGUUGAACAAAAUAGCAAUGAGAGAUCUAGUAUUCCUAUUACUAUACGUCAAUUAGAAUCAAUAAUUAGGAUAUCAGAAGCUUUAGCAAAAAUUCGUCUAAGUGUUGUUGCAACAGAAGAACACGUAGACGAAGCUAUAAGGUUGUUUAUGGCGUCUACCAUGGAUGCAGUAGGACAAGGUCAAGCUACAAGACAUGAAUUAGUUGAAGAAAUUCAUAAAAUUGAAUCUGAAUUGAGAAAAAGAUUACCAAUUGGAUGGAGUACAUCAUAUGCCACUCUUACAAAAGAAUUUGUGAAUGGAAAAGGAUACUCAUUACAUGCACUUCAAAAAGCAUUGUAUAUAAUGGAGCGCCGAGAAACUAUUCAAUUACGAAACCAAGGUGCAUCUGUAUAUAGAAUUGGGGUAUAA